CUACGUCGGACUGUUCCUUCGUUGUCGUUGUCGUCCAGCGGUGACGAGUGGGCAGGCAGUGGUACGAAAUAAAAGCAUCGUCACCGCUUUUAGUCGUACGCACUGCGAUUAGCAACGACCCUCGGGUGGGAUCGUUGACGGAGUAUAGUGCGUAAAAAAACGUGCGGGUGGGAAAACUUAGGGAUUCUCGAACAGCGGGAGUACGCGUGAAUUCUGCCAGUUGGACCAGUCUUCACGUUAUUCCGUUUCCGGCUCGGGUUUCUCGUGCCACGCGCUCGCCGUUUGAGGGUGCCAUCGUCUAGUUUCAAAGGCGACCGCCGCUCCGAGGCACUCGCGCUUAGUUGGCGCGUCGUUGCCGCAUUGUCGUGACGCGAUUCGUCGAGCGUACAGUGGCCCGCAGCCAGUCAGAGUGGCUGGCGAAUGGUACGGAGUGGUGAGAGACUAGCAGUGAGGGGAAGAAAGUGUUAGUCUCGUACGGACGUCGUCGGCGAGCGGGUCGCUCUCGAAGCCUCUCUCUUCGCGAUCUGCAGGGGGAAAAGACGAGAAGAAUACGAGUGACUGCAUUCAAAAUGACGUGUAGAAGACUAUAUCGAUAGUACGAUGAUCACGACUGGUGUCCGUCGAGACUGUAUUCACAUGGGAUUGAUUGCCUUGUGAACAUCCGCGAUUUGAGCUCGACGUCUGCUGCACAGAACCAACUGGUGAACACGAGCCGCAUUGGUACCACGGUAUGACCAUUCGUGGCUAUCGUAUCAUUUGACGCGACCGUGCGAUGGAUUGAUCAACACCCUGUGACCACAACGUGUGUGUGCGCGCGCGCGCGUUUGGCGAUCGUUCCUUUUCGGGGGUGUCUUGGUAGUGAUUUAAUUGCCGGUGACUUGAAGAAUUCGCGGUUGAUUUUCAUGCGAUCGUCUCGCGAGCGGAGGUGAAACGCAGUGACGAGUGGUGAUCGUGAUUCCGGACAACGCGGCGAUCCACCUAGGUGGAUCGAUAUUGACUCGGCGUGCCCCGUUGAUUUUCUUCGUCGUCGAACAGUACUAGAAAGGGCAGCAAACUGUACGGGCACAGGCAGGAAGAGAUGCACACGAUGGAGACGGACAUGAAGGGCGGCAGCCUGCAUGCCCAGAUACCACCACCGCAUACGCACCAGGGUGUUUCGCCGAUGGGUCAUCACGGCAUGACCCAUCCCUCUUACGGAUCUAUGAGCGGGUUGGUCCACAAUCCCGCGCUGUCUGGGAGUCCGCCCGGCGCGGGUGGCUUGGGUCUCAGUCUUCAACAUCAUCAUCAGACCUCGCAUCAUUACGCAUCCUUACAUGCCGUCGCCGCCGCAGCCGUUCAACAGCAGCAGCAGCAGCAGCAACAGCAGCAGCAGCAGCAGAGCAUGCACGCAAUGGCGGCCCAGCAGAGCGCCCAGCAGCAGCAGCAUCAUCCGCAUCAGCCGCCGCAGCAGCAAUCGCAAUCGCAACAUCAUCAAGCUAACAAUCAUAAUAAUCCAAAUCCUAGCAAUUCCUCCAACGCCAAGAAUAACAACAUGGACCGCGUGAAGAGGCCGAUGAAUGCCUUCAUGGUAUGGUCGCGAGGUCAACGGCGCAAGAUGGCCCAGGAGAAUCCUAAGAUGCACAAUUCCGAGAUAUCGAAGCGCCUCGGAGCCGAGUGGAAGCUUCUCAGCGAGGCGGAGAAGCGCCCGUUCAUCGACGAGGCGAAGAGAUUACGCGCGGUACACAUGAAGGAGCACCCGGACUACAAGUACCGGCCGCGUCGCAAGACAAAGACGCUGAUCAAGAAGGACAAGUUCCAGCUGGGCGGAGGGGUCGCCGGCGUUGGCGGCAUGCUCGGCGUUGAUCAGCGGCAGGUCGGCACUAGCGGUGGGCCGCAGCAGCCGCAAUUGCCCCGCGACGUUUAUCAGAUGCCCAGCGGCUACAUGCCCAACGGUUAUAUGAUGCACGAUCCAACGGCCGCGUACCAGCAGCACGUCGCGUACGGCAGUCACAUGCACGGUGCUGGCGCGGCGGCCACCGCCGCUUAUCCGAGGUACGACGCCAUGAACCACAUGGGCAGCGGCAGUCCUGGCUCCAUCAACACCUACAUGAACGGCUACGCUGGAUACGGCACCACCGCCAUACCGGGCGGCUCACCGUCACCGUAUCAUCAGGCCCAGCCGGGCUCGCAGAUGUCGAGUCAUAGUCCUAGUGGAAGCAGCAUUAAGUCCGAGCCGACGAGCCCGGCGAGCGGUGGUGGCAUACACACCCCGACGCCGACGGGCGGCCCGACGACCACGGGGGCAGCGGUUCCCGUCGGCCAAACCGUCAAGCGGGAAUACAUGGGCCAGCCGCAGGGGAACCAGCAGACGCAGGGUGAUCUCAGGCAGAUGAUCUCGAUGUACUUGCCGCAGGGUGUCGAACAGGGGGUUGUGCAUGCCGGUGGCGUCUACUCGCCGGGACCGUCGCCUGACUUGUCGCAGCAUUCGCAUCAUACGUCGUCUAUUCAGCUUCAACACAUGGAUAUCGUAGCUUAAAGUGGGGCACGCUUCGACGGACGCCUGUGCAGAUGGACAUCUCACGUUAGGGGGUAACAAACGUAAGGGGAGAGGAGGAAAGAAAAUGCGGGAGAUGAAAAUACGAAGCAAAGGGGACCGCAUAGCGAGAGCGAGCGAGCGUGAGAGUGGAAUGGGUGGGUGGCAGGGAGGAAGAAAAAGAGAUAAAACAUAGUUGCACGACACUUUAAGGGGGCUAUUGUCCACUUUUACCAAUGUAGAUUAGAUUCAAUCUUGGCUCAACGUGCUUUUUAUCUUUUCUUACUUCUGGAAUUGUAAAAAGUGAGCUAAACCAAAAUUAAAGUUAAUCAGCAUCGGUAGAAAUGGACGCACAUUAAUGACAAGGCUGCGUCUUAUCUCUUUCUCUUCUUCCUUUCCGCGAGAAAGCGCUCUCGCGUCCGCUACGCGAAAGGCCGCGCCUUCGCUCGCAUUCACAUCUCACGAAAGACUCUCUCCAUCAACGUCGUCCAUACUGCACAUUAUCACCGACCGCGCGUCCUCCCUAUUCGGCGUCGAUAGGGAUAUCCAUGAAGACAUUCGACCUGUAGAAGACGUCAAUAACAUUACUUGCGUUGUGUGCUCCCGUAAAACGACCGAAUAUUGCCAAAGAGGUGAAACGAUAUAGGUAAUAUAGGACCGGACGCGUUGUAUAUCCAUAUCAGUUCCAUUUGAAUCCCGACAGCAUCUCAACUUAGUAUCAGCCGUAAUUCAUGUAUUUCUUCAGAUUUUUGUUAAGGUACCUUUGUAACAGUGAGAUAUUAUUCGUCCGAUUCGCGAGACGCAAUUGUUAAUUUCCAUCGCAAUCUCACUUAUCUCCACCGUUAUUUCUGCGUUUCCCCAUUUAAUAACAAGAAAUCAUUAAUUAAACAAUAGCCCGACAAUAGAAAUAAUAAUUAAAUACUUACAUUGGAAACGAGCCAGCGCAAUUUCUUGCAUUAAAAGAAGAUGGAACGUAUGGGUAUACGAUAAGCUAAGAUUUUUAUAUAUAAAAUUUUUUUAUCGGCAAAAUAAAAUCUAAAAAAAAGCGAAAAAUUAUUUUCUUGAUAUUAUGUAACAUUUCAAAUGCCUUAUUUACAACUGUUGCAAGGUAUAUGUAGAUAUAUAUAUAUUGCAAUAUUAAGCUAUUGCUUUUGGAGACGGUCAGUUUCUUACACGUAGUGUAAAUACCAUCAUCGCAGUAUCGUCUUAGUAAAUUUUAUUAGAUGUCUACGCGUAAACAGUGACAAUGCACAAUCUAAAAUAUUUAAUUUAACGCAGCUUACGAACUAAAGGGCCGAAUGGAGCCGUGGGCGAACGAUGAUGGUCCUGUUGUAAGCAUCUUCGAUGCUACAACUAUUACAAUCGAUUAUUGUAAACAGCACUAAUCUGACGAAAACCGCUUCUUUUAUUUUUAAGUAAUACAAAAUCAAUUCUCUCAAUUAGUUCUGUCGAUAUUCAGUAACCCAAAGAUAAUUUUCACUUAAGAGGCAUUAACCCAAAAACAAAACGGUCCACAUUUCUCCUAGAGUAGAGUGUGUUACGAACAGUCCAAAUGAUUACUAACUGUGGGCCCCAAAAUGGGUCGCCGUCUUCUUUUUCCAGAAUAUUCAGAAUAGCUUCUCUUGAUUAAAGUAUUCCCCAUUGAACGUGCAUUCUGCGAUAGACAUCUACUGUUCGUGUAUAAUAUGUUUGAGAUAUUAUAAAAUCGUCGCAACUGUAUAUAGUGUAUCUGUAAAUAGAUAUGUAUAUAUACAAAGUAUACAUAGAGUCCAAAGAGAGUAUGUGCAUUUUCGUGAUAGCUUCAUUAUCACGAGAGCUUAGAGAGAAAUGGGAUGGAGUUGGCGGGGAUUGAGCAGUUUUUUUUUUUGACGAUGACGUAUUUACGCUGAAAGGUAGACGAUAUAGAUAAUGUAACACCAGUGACGGUAUCUGUGCGUAAAAAAAGGUAUAUUGUUAUUCCCGACUUCUCGAAAUAGAGCUUAAUUCCGAUGAGCUUUGCAACAAGUGCUAACAAGUCGUUAGUAUCACACGAAGUGCAGUUCGUUUAAUAGCGUAGAAGAACCUAUCGGAAUCAGCUUCAUUUUCAGAACAACCGAACAAUAAUAUUCUUUUUGUAUAUAAUUUUCGUUUUCUCCGAGCGCUUGAAGUAGCAACGGCUUAUGAUUUUCGUCAUUGUAGCGUAUAAAUAUUAAUUUUGUAUCGUAUUAUUAUGAUUAUCAUGUUACGUGCCCGUUAGUUAUUAUUAUUAGUUGUAAAGGGUAUACGAUUUUUUAAGUUACUGUUAUCAUCCUCGCCUUGAUACAUUAUGUUCGAAUCGAGCAUCCGCAAUGCUCGGAUGCGCUUGUAUUCUUAUAGUUUGACUCUGUCUUGUGGAUGACGAUGACUCACUUCGUAUUACUUGAAAAGUACCCGAAACCAACGUAUUUCGCUAAAUAACGGAAUACGCCGGUUGGAUCGACUGCAAGUCGCUUGCUUUAAUUAAUGCAUUAUCAUCGAUUGUCAUUGUUACACCGUAUUUCUUCUAACCGAAAUAGUAUCUCGUCGUCGUCCUCGUGAUUCGUUUAUGAAUAAAAAGUAAUAGAUAUGUAUAUGCGAUACAAUAUUUCUCUCGUAAAAAUGCCCUUUCGGGCCAACCUAACGAGGCUUUAGAGUUUAACCGUAGAUUUUUUACGAGCAGCUAGCCUCCUUGAUUAAUCUCUGUAACUCACAUACCUCUGUGAUAUGUGAAGUCGAAGGAGAGCGUGUAGUUUAUUUAAUGCAAUUCUGUUUAUGACGAAUUAGUGUUUCACAUAUGUAUAUACCUUUAUGACAUAACUAUAACGAGUCAUGUGUAACAAGCACUAAAAUAGUGUAUGCAGUGAUGAUAAUAGUAACGAGGCAUCGAUGAUAAUUUGAUAAUCCUCGCAUGACGUCCUCAUUGUUUUAUUGCGAAACCUCGACGAACGAUGGGCGAAAUUCAAUCCUUAAGUGCUCAUUGAUUUCGAGCGAAUCAUUUUUGUUUCGGCCAUUUUCUUUUUUUUAUUUUAUUUUAAAGACAAUCGAAGAGACUAGUUGUUCAUAAAAUCCUUUACUUUCGAAUUGCAAAUAUCAGUUUGGUUUAAAGGAACAAAGUGCCGGCUCGCAAAACAAAAAUGACUCUCGACACUAGUGUGCUUAAGGGUUCUUAAUUUCCCAAUUAGUUUUUUCUUUUAACAGGCAACCGACGCGCAUAUGCAUAAAUCAUUAUCGAAUCCCAUUAUUAACUUUCAGCUCGAAGCGGGAGUGUUGUAAUAAACGAAAGUAUCUAUGUUUCGGAUGCCGAAGAGAUUUUGCCCGUGCAAAGUCUCCUUUGUGCCCUAACAAUCUCAAUCGAUGCUUGCUGUUGCGAUUCGAUCUGUGAUAAGAAACAUUCAUAAGAAAAGUAUCUUGUAUGUAUACGAGAUGUACACGAGUGUGCGGUGCUCUACGUUAAAUAUGCCUUCAUUAUUUUCAUACUUAUUCGUUACAGUUUACUCGUUGUUAAUAUUUUCUUUGCCUUUUCUCAAAAUAUGUAAAAAUGUAUUACAUAU